UCGGAGUCGCGCCUAGUCCACUGCGCACGUGUCGAACCUGGCAGCUCUCUCUCUCUCUCUGUUGCUUGCAGCUUGCCACAUGUGAGCAAUCAUAACCUGAAAAAAUUGUGAGAACGCAAACUCUUCUCCGUGACGAAUAAACAAUAAAAACCUUGUGGCCUAAGUGAAAAAAGAAACAUGUUGCGUAGACAAGCUCGAUUGAGACGUGAGUAUCUCUACCGAAAAUCGGUUCAAGAUAAACUGAAAAACAUUCAGGAGAAAAAGGAACGCUUGAAGAAGAGCCUCGAAGACAACACACCAAUCCACCCUGAUCUUCGUAAAACCGCACUUUAUCUCCAGAGGAAAGCAGAAUGGGAGGACGCAGGUCCAGAGCUCGCAGCAGCGACAGGAACAGAGAUGGGAGGAGCAACGGGAGACCACGAGGACGACGAGUACCGUUGGGCAGGCGUAGAAGACCCCAAGAUCGUGAUAACAACCUCCCGCGACCCAAGUGCUCGUCUCAAGAUGUUCGUCAAAGAGCUGCGUCUCAUCUUCCCAAACUCCCAAAGAAUGAACCGAGGAAAUUACGAAAUGAAGCAGCUCAUCCACGCAUGUCGUGCCAAUGACGUCACAGAUUUCAUAAUUGUCCACGAACACAGAGGUAUUCCAGACUCUCUGGUGAUCUGCCACUUGCCCUACGGUCCCACUGCAUAUUUCACGAUGACUGACGUCGUCAUGAGGCACGACAUCCCCGACAUUGGGACAAUGUCCGAGCAGUAUCCACAUCUCAUUUUCCAUAACUUCAAGAGUAAACUUGGGGACAGGGUUACAAGUAUCUUGAAGUAUCUGUUCCCAGUCCCCAAGGAGGACAGUAAACGGGUGAUCACAUUCGCUAAUCAUGACGACUACAUCUCCUUCAGACAUCACAAUUACAAAAAAGUUAAUGGGAAGGAUGUGGAACUGGUGGAGGUUGGGCCCAGGUUUCAGCUGAAGCUUUACGAGAUUAAAUCUGGAACUUUGGAUGCAGCAGCUGCUGCGGACACCGAGUGGGCCCUCAGGCCCUACAUGAACACAAGCCACAAGAGGAGGUUCCUCUCGCAGGAAGACGGCUGGCAGCAGGAGGAUGACUUGUGAAAUGCUUUGUAAAUUCCAUUAGCAUAAUAAAAUUGCAAUUUUUUAUUGA